AAAACUUGAACUUCAAUCACUGUUCCCACUAAGCAAAAUGAUUUUGCUUUGCAGCAGCAUUUUCUUUAUUUUAAAGGUGGGAGUGACUCUGUGUACUGUGCCUGGAUCCUUAAAUUCAUCUAGUGGAGCUGCAGAUGGCCCCAGGUGGAUGUCGCAGCAGUUCGUCUUGCCCAACUUCCUAUCUUUCUUCGGACUCAGAUGUCGUCAGAUGAACCAGAUGUUCUGUCUGUCGGGUGUUUAUUUUGGUUUGGACAGAGUGAGUGAUCGGCUGCCAAGGGAGAGUGACUUGAGAGUGAUAGAGAUGGCCGUGAGACCAUCGUACAAACUCAUCAACUGGUACCCCUUUCUCAGACAAAACCCCUCAGAUAUUUGCUGUAGCUUCCAGAAAUACAUCUACCAGACUCAAGGCCAGGAGAAAGGAGUGAGUCCGGAGGAGUAUUUGGAUCUGUUGUUCGACUUCUACGCCCCAGAGGACAAACAGGUCAACUGGAUACAGGCCACUUACAUUUCUAAAUUGUGUUACAAUGUCAUCACUGAGAUCGGUUUUGGACCUGGCCAGCUGAAAAUGUCGGGAGAAUUCUACCUUAACGAACAGUUCGUCCUCCCCGUGGAGAAAGGCAUGGGUAUACUGAAGAUCCCCGGAAAUGAUAUCAGAGGGGCAAUCACGUUCAGAUGGUUCCGCAAACAUAUCAUCUGUGAAUCACAGCCAUGGAUAUGCACCAUAGAUGACCCCUCAGAUUGGGCGGAGGAGAGGCGGAGGCCGGAGUGA